AUGCCGCCGAAACGCAAAGGUCGAAGAAGUCAUCCUUCGCCCAGGAAAGCUGAGCCUACUUCUGAUGAGGCUGUCGAUGGUAAGCUUCCUAAAACCCUUAUUAUCUCACAAAUUCUCGCCCGUCUGCCUGUGAAGUCCAUUGUUCGAUUCAAAUGCGUUUGCAAAACAUGGCGUACUCUGUUCUCAUCCCCACAAUUUAUCGCCAUGCAUUUCCGGAAAACCUCGGAGAAUCCCGCGAAUCACUCUCUCAUCAUUCAUAGUAUGGAUGAAGAGUUCUACCAUAAUAUGUCUGUACUGAAUGUUAAUUCUACUGAAAAGGAACCCGUUUGUGUAGUGAAUCCUUUCCCUGUGGUUCUCUACCAAAUGGACUUAGUGGGCUCUGUUAAUGGGAUGGUUUGCCUGGCUUGCCCUCCUGCUGGAAAUACGAUUGUCCUGUGGAACCCUGCUAUGAAUCUAUGGAAAGAGAUUCAACUCUCUAAAAUGCGGCUCAGUGUGUCCGGAGAACAACCCGGAGAAUACUCAAUUGGGUUUGGUUAUGAUGAAGCCACGGAUGACUAUAAGAUAGUGUUGAGGUCUUGUGCAGAGGUUUACUCUGUGAAAAAGAAUUCCUGGAAGAGGGUUAAGCUUAAUUUUCAGUUUAAAGUUUCGCAAACUAAGACUGAAGUGAUUGCAAAAGGGAUACCCUGUUGGACUGGUUUCAUCGCAGAUGGAAGCAAUAAGAACAACUUUACUGAGGUCUUGCUUUGGUUUGAUUUGAAAAAUGAUGUCUUCAAACAUGUUUCCAUGCCUAAGUUUGCUGGUGAUAGUCUGGCUGAAGCAAAAUUUGUUGAAUGGAAAGAGACUCCCAAGGGAACCCUGUUUUUGUAUGAACCUGUGACUAAUGGAAUCAAGGAACACAGUGUCUCCGGCGCUCAGAAAGCAUCAUUUGAAGCAUUCAGCUACAUUGAGAGCUUGGUUCAUAUUGAGGGUAUGGAACUUGUGAAGGAACAAGAUAGAGAUAAGUACUGCUUCAAAGAUAUAAGCAUCUUCAACUGCUUCAAAGAUGUAACCAUCAUCGAUAGUCAAGGUAUCCAUUAUAUUAUUGAUUUGACAAUCCCUGAAACUUCUUAG